AUGAAUAUUGAUCCACCAAUAAUACCACCUCUUUUACCCCCACCCCCAAUACGAACAAGUCAUACUCGAGUACGGCACUAUCGUGAACGGUAUGGGGCUCAUCAAAACAAUCAACAAAACGACAACCCGGUUGGAACUGCAUACACCAGGGCGUAUCAAACUCAAGACAUGGUUCAAUCUCACUUUUUGGACGACUCGGACGAUACUGUAAAACCAAGCUUGGUUCAAAGGAAGCUCAAAUGGGUCAAGAAAAUCUGUCAUCUUGUCAAGAAUAAGACUAGCAAGGAAAAAUUAUGUGGGCCCAACAAUCAAUUAUACGGAACCAAUGACGGAUUACACGGAACCGAUGACGGAUUACACGGAACCAAUGACGGAUUACACGGAACCGAUGACGGAUUACACGGAACCAAUGACGGAUUACACGGAACCGAUGACGGAUUAUACGGAACCAAUAAUGGAAACAGCAGCUACAACAAUCAAACUACCAGAUCUGGUGGAAGAAUGGAAAGCGGCAUCAGCAAACGUAAUGGACACACCAAUGGAACUUGCACAUACAAUUAUUUGAACAUUUCAACAAAAUUCCUCAACAUCUGGGACACAAUACUACAGAACCUGAGGAAAAUGAAGAAACCUUUGUGCUUCCGCCAGCACUGGGUCUAUCAGAUAAUUCAACAGCAAUCAAAAAUCUACUGGAAAAAGUAA